AUGAACAGCAGAGUUUCCCUCCCUCCGAUUUCAGAUAUUUUGAGCAAUAGUGCCACAAAGCCAGUGUCUCUGGAAGAUGCGGUUCGAGCGUACAACCCAGCUCAGCCAACAUAUCCAUAUCCCCAGGCACCCAUGAUCAUUCAACAAAUGCCUAUCCAACAAAGCGGAAAUAUGCCAAUUCAAAGCGGGUCAAUUAUGGCUGCUCCCACAAUGAUCGCUGCAUCGCCGAUGAACAUGGGCCACCCUCUGAAUCCUGUAUAUCCAAUGGUUCCUAUGCCCAGCUACCGUUUAAUCAAUCCAAACUAUCAUGUGGGCGAAGCACCCCACCUCCCUAACUCAUCAUUCACAUACCGCUAUCCCAUGGCUGUCCCCCCUCCCUCUCAACAGCCACAGCUACUACAGACACAGCCACAGCAUCAUUCGGCCCCGGCGGUCGUAGGAGGCGGCCUGAGAGCCCUGAUUGUGAGCGAGCUGUCCACCAAAGCAUCAACCCCAGCAUCUCCAACAAGUCUUGAUAGAGUAAAUCGCAUGACACCAGAGCGUGUAUCCGAGAUGGUGCGUCGACCCACACCUAGUCCUCCUGUCAGAAGCAGAACCCGUAAUAACUUGCCAAAGGAAACUACCUAUAUCUUGUUGAAGUGGUUGGAAGAGCAUCUUAAUCACCCAUAUCCAAAUUCGUUCGAGAAGACUCAAUUGAUGUUUUCAACUGGCUUGAACCAACAACAAUUAAGCAAUUGGUUUAUCAAUGCCAGACGCCGGAAGAUCCGCGCCAUGAAGCAAAGACAAAAGGUUUGA